AGAAUAACAGUUGACGAGAACCAAAAUCCACGCAGUCAUCUGCAAUUUGCCCAUUUUAAAUUUAGUCUAUAAGCACAAGUUUUGCAUAACACAGCUACUCAGUUAUUGUUCAGUGUGCUACAAAUUUUUAUUAUAUAUGUACAUACUGCUUUCGAUGUAAGCAAUGCCGUACUCGAUUCAAUGAAAAUAACAAUACCUGAGGUAUGUUUAUACCAGAAACUUUAAGAGGCUGUAUGAUCGAGACGGACGUUUCUUCUUAUCUGCAAACAUCAUCAUCGGGACAGGAUGAAUUUCACCCUUUUAUUGAGGCACUCUUACCGUACGUCAAAUCAUUUUCCUACUCUUGGUUUAAUUUGCAAGCCGCCAAACGAAAAUAUUAUAAAAAACAUGAAAAACGUAUGUCGCUGGAAGAAGAAAGACAUUGUAAGGACGAACUCCAGAAUGAAAAGACUGAGGUGAAGCAAAAGUGGGCUUCUCGUCUUCUUGGAAAACUCAGAAAAGACAUUACACAAGAAAGUCGAGAGGAUUUUGUUCAAUCUAUAAUUGGAAAAAGAAAAUCAAUUUGUGUUCUUUCAAACCCCGAUCAAAAAGGAAAAAUGAGACGAAUAGACUGCUUAAGACAGGCUGACAAAGUAUGGCGGCUUGAUUUGGUCAUGGUUAUACUCUUCAAGGCGAUUCCAUUAGAAAGCACAGAUGGUGAGCGGUUAGAAAAAAAUCCGGAAUGCUUACAUCCAGGAUUAUGUGUAAAUCCGUACCAUAUAAACGUUUCUGUUCGAGAAUUGGACUUGUAUUUGGCCAACUUUAUAAAUACUCAUAAUUCAUUUAAUAAUACAAAUACGUCUUUUACAACUACUCCGGGCGUAAGAUCGCCACAUUUAACUAUAUAUAAUCGAAGUAACGAUCCAAACAGAAAAGAUGAGGUCGCUGACAUGAAAAAUGACGUCGUUAGGCAAAAUCCAUAUAAUGGUGUAGUUUGUAAUGAUAUUAUUUUAGCAACUGGAGUAUUUUCUUCUCAAGAACUGUGGUCCUUAUCCAAAGAUUUAAUUUUAGGUGAAUCAAAUGAUGUAAGCCUAAGCUCUAACCUUAUAAAGAGGGAGAACACUGGAGCUACCUAUGAGUGUAAUACAUAUCAAAUUAAUUCUGAAUCUUCAAUUUCUGCUGCCCAGAGUCUGGUUCAAUCUGGGUCAAUUGUGGCUAAUCCAAUUCCACUUGGAUACAGCAUUGAUUUUAUAGAUCAGAGGAUUACACAAUUAUCGCAAAGUCCAUUGCAACGUACAGAAGGCACAAACGGCGAUGCCCAUGAUUCUAACAAAAACCAUCAAGGCAGCCCACCGCCGACCAGAACUGCAUCAGAUAAUAGUAUAAGUAGCUUUUCCUUGAUCGUAAGAGCUACUGAUAGUUCUAUUGGAGAUCCAAAAACAUCCUCGGACUCAUCCAUUUCCUUGCAUCGCUAUACGUCCUUAAAUAGUCGGACACUGCCCCAAGCUAUCCCACAACAUAGUUGCUCCUUGUUACAUUCGAAUUCCACUAGUCCGUCUAAUACUUUAUAUUACCCCCAGCAUAAUAAUACAAGACCAUCUCAAACAUCUUCCGUUGAGGAAGAAAAUCGUGCUGGCUCUGAUAAAUAUUCAACAGAGCCUCAAGAUAUUUCGGACUUUGUCACCUAUGUUUGUCAAGAUACUAGUCAUACGACAACUAUAACAGGAUCCGCUGAUACCCAUUCAUUUCAACACUCCCAUACACUCCCACAAGGACAUUCACCGCAUUUUCAAAUUCAUCAACAGCUGCGAACUGCAAAAUUGACAAACUCACCAUCAACUCAUUAUCACAGUACAAUGCUUCCGCCGAUGCUGCCUCCAAUGGCUCGACCUGUAGCUAUAAUUCGCAGUAGCAGUGAUCUAACCCUAGUCCAGUCCCCACCUCCAUCUGUAACGCUGACAGCACAAUCUACAAGCUCGAACAACAAUAGUUGUGUACCAAAAAAUAACUUGCAAACGGAUAAUAUUAGACUUGCAAGUAACCUAGACAACAGCAAUAGCCCAAAUAGCACAGAUGUUGUUCCACACCAUGAAAUGACCGGAACUACAUCUCCUCAACCGCAAUCACACACACCGGCCUUAGCGAGUCCCCAAUCUUAUUUGGAUCCUGAACGUUGUAAGCUUUUAUCAGCUGGCUCAAACAUAGGCAGAAUUACAACGCAAAUGUAUCCUUCAUCAAAUAAUAGAGAAUAUUUUAAUCAUUUUCAUUCGCAGCCCACAUCGCUUUUGGGAUAUGCCGGCUCUAUUUCUACAAUGUCUGGAGUUAUAAGUCCAACAGAUCUAACACUUUAUUCAGCUCCAAUGGCUGUAUCACGUUCAAGUACCAGGUCUAGAUGGAACGAAGAGGAGCAUAAUGUAAUUCCACAUGCUGUAUCUAGUACAAACAUGGAUAAUACUCAAGUUAUAUUAAUGGAAGACUGAAUUUAUUUCAGCGACUGGACGUUAUAUAGAUGAGUAUUCGAAUCGUGACUAUGUGUCAUGAUCUAAGCUCAAUAAAAGAAAAGUCAAUAAACUCUUUGGCUUGGGCAUGCCAAAAUGUUGGUUAUAAAAUCAGUAACUAAUAAGAGUACCUUAAAGAAAUACAUAAAAUCCUAUUGCAAUAAGUUUAAUUUUUAUAAUAAGGGAAUCAUGCUAGAUUAAGAAUAUAAAAAACGUUGUAUUUAAUUCUAACUAAUUAUAAUUAUUAUUAAAAGAUCUUCAGUAAUGUCUGUAUAAUUAGACCGUUAAAAAUAAUAUUUUAAAGUCCAUAAAUAAGCAGAAGAAAGUCAACUAUUAAUACGUCGGAGAGGUAUUAUUGUUUUAAUUAUUUUGUUAUUACUGGUCUUGCUAAUUUUAAUCGGAUAAAAAAUUGUAGCCACACCUCUUUUAAUGCAAUACGCUCAAAAAUGUCACGCCCACAGUUUCGAAAAAAUUUAGCAAAUUUCUUUUGUUUGCCAAAACAUAUUUUUGCUGUAAGGAUAAUAGUCACUACUUCCCUAACCUUUACGUUUAGAACAAUAUAAUAAUUUAUAAUUCAAGUACAAAAAAUAAUAGACACGCAUUGAAAUUCCCAGGCUAGACAAAAUCACUCUAUAAAACAGUAUUAAAUAUCUUAUUGCUUUGCAGCUUUUUCAAUUUGUCUAGUAUUUUUUUAUAAAUCCAUGCUUUUGUGAUCUUUAAAGAUAAACUCCUCUUAACUACUCUAUGACUAUAGUAACAGCGUUGCCAUAAAAAAAUUAUUGAAAUGCCAACAUAAAGCUACCAAAGUCUUAAUCCAUAUUUGAGACAUGUAUACUACAUUAUUAUUAAAGUAAUACGUAUAAACCUUUCAAUAGUAAAUGCAACAUUAAAUUGAAUAUUAAAGCAAUAUGAAUUUCCUUUUUCGAAAUUUAAUUUUAACCUAAGGCAUUAGUAAAUGCUUAAAUUAUAUGAACUAUCGAGAAUGUAUGUUAUAUAAGGCAACUUUUAUUAUGACAAUAGUAGCACAGGACAUCCAAUCGUUGCUUUUUUAUAAGUAAAGAAGACAAAUUUUAGAAAAUAGUCGAGUUUGAGUACAGCCGUGAAUCAUUAAACUUUUAAUAAUUUGAUUUUCUUAUGCAAGUUGAACUUAUAGAAAAUGAAUGAAAGCCGUUAUAAUAAGUGCCUGAAAUUUUA